UUCUUAAAAGUUAAAAACCCUGCAGUAAAAAUUCAAAACUAAUUUCCCAUUUUCAAGUAGUUGAAGCCUAGGAAUUAUGGGUUCCGAGGAUUCAAUAAAGCAUCCUCUUGUCUUCGCUUAUUAUGUGACAGGCCAUGGUUUUGGCCAUGCAACCCGCGUUGUUGAGGUUGCUCGACAUCUCAUCCUGGCUGGACAUGAUGUUCACGUGGUCACUGGUGCACCAGACUACGUUUUCACAACUGAAAUACAGUCUCCUCGUCUUUUCAUCCGCAAGGUGCUCUUAGACUGUGGCGCAAUUCAAGCAGAUGCUUUGACGGUUGAUCGCCUUGCUUCUCUGGAGAAGUAUUCUGAGACAGCCAUAGUUCCGCGUGAUUCUAUUUUGGCGAAAGAAGUGGAGUGGCUGAAAUCCAUCAAGGCGGAUUUAGUGGUCUCAGAUGUUGUUCCAAUUGCUUGUCGAGCAGCAGCUGAUGCUGGAAUUCGCUCGGUUUGUGUCGCCAAUUUCAGUUGGGACACCAUCUACGCUGAAUAUAUAACGGUAGCUGAAUAUCAUAUGCAUUCAAUAGUGCGGCAGAUUGCGGAGGAUUACUCUCACUGUGAAUUUCUUAUCCGUCUCCCUGGAUACUGCCCAAUGCCUGCAUUCCGGGAUUCAAUUGAUGUGCCUUUGGUGGUGAGGAGAUUGCACAAGUCCCGUGAGGAGGUGAGGAAAGAACUUGGUAUUGGAGAGGAUGUGAAGGUUGUUAUCCUCAACUUUGGUGGACAGCCGUCCGGCUGGAUAUUAAGGGAAGAGUACCUGCCUCCCGGUUGGCUUUGCCUGGUUUGUGGUUCUUCUGAAAGUCAGAACCUUCCUCCAAAUUUUGUGAAGCUAGCAAAAGAUUCGUAUACUCCUGAUCUGAUUGCUGCAUCUGAUUGCAUGCUUGGAAAAAUUGGAUAUGGAACGGUUAGUGAGGCCUUGUCAUACAAGGUACCAUUUGUCUUUGUGCAUAGGGACUACUUCAAUGAAGAACCAUUUCUGAGAAACAUGCUUGAGUUCUAUCAAGGUGGUGUUGAGAUGAUUAGACUGGAUUUACUCACUGGACACUGGAGUCCAUAUCUUGAACGUGCAGUUAGUCUGAAACCAUGCUAUGAGGGGGGCACUAAUGGUGGAGAGGUUGCAGCUCAAAUAUUGAUGGAAACAGGCUCUGGAAAAACUAUACAUCAGAUAAGCGUCGGAAAGGGAAUUUCCAUUGCUGUAAAUGAAAUCACUCAGACUAGGUGAGGAUUUCCAUGAGGGUUCUUGAAGAUUUUGUAGAAGUAGAGGGGGGAUUUAGCCUUUAGGGAAUAGAUUUCUCCGGCUAACAAUUUCUCAAUGAAAAUGCCCGAUGACCUCUUAUAGGAGCAGAAAGGGCAGAAAAAUGUUGACUAGUGACAUUAAUAUAUAUGCUGGACAACUUAACCUCCUGUGUUUGUUGCUAAGCAAUGAGAACUAUUACAACAAGAACAAGAACAAAUUUCAAGUCUUUCAAUAUCAA